UCUCCGCGAACGGUCGAUCCGAUCUCCGAUCUCCGGUUUACGACCCCCGAUUUUCGCCAGGUAACCGAGCUUUUGUUUCGUUCGGGCAACUCCAGUGCCGAGACGUGUUGUCGGGUGCGUGCGCGAAUCCAAUCCGAUCCGAAUAGGCAGCGUUCCCAGUUCCCCUCGCCGUCUAGCUCUGAAACUGGCCAUUAACCGAGGACGGAUCGUAUGCAUGUCUUAUAGAAGUUAAGACACCCAGCGAGGAAGCAAGUAGGAUCCACUGCCAUCACAACACACUCACACAGCACAAGCCAACGCCACAGCCAUGGAUCACUCCCACAUAACCGCCUGGCUGGCCCUGCUCCUCUGCGUGGCCGUGGCCGCCACUCCCACUCCUGUCCUGGACUGUCCGGCGGACUGCAGCUGCACCCUGGCUCAGCAUACACACAAGCCGCUGUACCACCUGAAGUGCAACAGCACUGCCGGCCUGCGGCUGGCCGAGAAGCCCUUCCAGACCUCAGUGCCCGUGCAUUCGCUUGAUCUAUCCCACUUGGGCCUCACCCGGCUGGGCCAUGUGCUGGACAAGCUGCCCGAACUGACCUCCGUGGAUCUGUCCCACAACGAGCUGUCGGAACUGGGGCACCUGAGCAAGGGUCUCAAGCGACUGAACCUGAAGCAUAAUCUGCUGACCUCCGAGAAGCUGAAGAAGCUGCCCCAGCACCUGCAGGUGCUGAAUCUGCAGCACAACCAGAUCGGCCAGCUGCCCUUGGAGCUCACCCACAUGCACCAGUUGCAACAGCUGGAGCUCAGCCACAACGCCAUCAACUGCUCCUGCCAGACGCUGGAGGUUCGCAACUGGCUGGUGGAACGCAUUGUCUACAUGGAACACCCGGUGGUGUGCUCCUACCCGUUGGAGUACAAGGGCCGUUCCUGGCUGCAGCUGAAGCAGGCGGAGAUCUGCCAGAAGGAGAAGCAGCAUUGGUCCGAUCUCGAUUUGGAGGAGAACGAAUUGAUGAUGGGCGAUCAGCCGGCUGCUGCGUCCGGAGAGCACGAGAAUGAGGACGAGCUGGGCAAGGACUUCCUGCCGCUCAGCGGCCAGGGCAAAACUGUCACCUCCAAGAAGGCGCGUUCCCCGCAGGAGCCCCUGCCCGGCGACCAAGUUGAGGGCUCUGGAGACCUCAGUGAGACCAACAUGGAACUGUCUCUGCCAGUCGAACCAGAGGCUGCCGCCUCUGAGGUUUCUGAGGCCACCACAACCAAGCCGGAGAGCAUUCAGGACAUAGUGGAGGAUGAGGAAGACGACGCUGAGGCCUCUGGCAGCGGUGGCGGUUUGCUGAUCAUCCCCGAUCCCUCCAAGGUUAGGAUAGCUUCAGAAGAGGACCUGGAAGAGGACAAGGAGGCGGAGAGUCCCACGCCCCAGGAGAACGAUGGCAAACCACUGGAGAACCCCGGCAACGGCAUCUUCACAAGCCACAUGGGCAUCUUCGAGGGCCAGGAGAAGGAGGACAAACCCGUCGAGGAAGAGCCCAUUGUGCCGAUUGUUCAGACCAAGCUGGAUGUCACCGAUGUCAAGUCCGAGGUGGUCACCGACGGCCCGCUGGACAGCAGUAAGGAGUCCGAGGACGUCCAAACCGCCAGCGUGGGCAAGCGCACGGACGACAGCAGUGCCAUCUACUACCUGCUGGCCGUGAUCGGCCUGAUUGUGGUCGGACUGGUGCUCUUCGUGGCCAUCAAGCGCUGCAAGUACGACAGCAACGCCGCCGCCCGCGAUGCCGAGGCGCAGCGCCAGACGGAGCUCCUGGACAUGGACAAGAAGCAGCUGGGCAAGCCGCUGCAAAAGAACGGCCAUGGCAAUGGCCAGGAGCACUCUCCGCUGAUUGGGGAGAAGACCAAGCUGGACGAGGCCCAGAUCGUAAAGAAGCCCUACGAGAAUGGCGACGCCAAGGACGGAGCCAACCAGCAGCCGCUGCUCAAUGGCAACGGAUCGGCCAAUGGCGGUGCCAAGGAUGGCUCCGCUCCCGGAGAACCCGCUCCCCACGAGUACUACCCCAUCAGCCCCCGCUACCCCACACCCCAGUCGCCGCGUGCCUCCAAGUACGCCCAGCAUCAGCAGCCCGCUGCCGAGCAAAACAACAACAAUGAGCCGGACGCCGCCUACCUGCCCUCGUCCCCGAAAUCCGGCCGCUACUCGCCCGUCUACUCACCAGAGACGGGACGCGUCAAGAUCAAGCUGACGGAGACCCCCAAGCCCAAGACCCCCAUGCUGGUGACGCGCAGCAAGUCCAAUGCCGGCGACAUCAUCACCACGCCCGUGCCCACACACCUGUCGGUGCCCGUCAAUGGCCACUGAUCUGGGCCCAGCCAUCAGCUCUCGACACAGCCCGACUCACGACUCCACGACUCGCCCCCGAAAGAGUGGCCUGUUCCUGCCAGAGCUUGAAUCGCACUCCUGCGCCAUGGUGCCUUCAUCAUCGUCCGAGCUCUGAACCAGGCACACUCAGGGGUGUAUUCAUCACCAGCAACACACAUAGCCAACAACAACAGCCAUGGAUGCAGUGCAGCAUCCGGCAUCCAGCAUCCAGCGACGAUAACAGCAAACUAUUCGAUUUAAGCACCCCGCUCCCCUCUUAAGUGUAGCCGAGAAGUAGUGUCUAGACAUAAGUAAAUUAAUUACGCCUAAGCAUAAAUCUAGUGUAAUACCAAAGCUAAAAUAUAUAUAUGCCUGAUGCAAACAGACGACGUCGAGGGAAUGCUGAAAAACUGAAAAAUACCGAGUAACUACUACCGAGGAGCUGAGAGACGAAGGAAACUCUUUUGGAAAAUAAUAAUAAUAGUAAUAUAUGCUUUCAGCCUGCUUCUUUUGCAUGUGAUGUGUACACACCAUACUUAUUGUAUAUGUACUUUUAUAUCCUACCAGCAUACUGUAAACUACUUAAGCUCCCUUCUCUUGUGAAAUUACAAUGUGUUAAAUCAUUAAAUGAGCGACUUUUCAAAUAUAAAUAAAUCGUUGGUUUUUUAUGUUGGGAAAAUCAGCUGAAAAUAUAAA